CAGUGGAAUUGCUCUUCUCUCUCCAGAGACGCGUCCCGCUCGGAGACCCGCGAAAGAAAUUCCUUCCUACGAGUCGAUUCACGCCAGAAAAUGUCUUCUUCGGGCAAGGACGCCAAUAGCGGGCAUUACGCCAACUAUGUGGGACCGUACCGCCUGGAAAAGACGCUGGGCAAAGGACAGACAGGUCUUGUGAAGCUGGGUGUCCACUGUGUCACAAACCAGAAAGUUGCCAUAAAGAUUGUCAACAGAGAAAAGCUCAGUGAGUCAGUUCUUAUGAAGGUGGAGCGGGAGAUAGCCAUUCUGAAACUCAUAGAGCAUCCUCAUGUUUUAAAGCUGCAUGACGUCUAUGAAAAUAAGAAAUACCUAUACCUGGUGCUAGAGCAUGUGUCUGGUGGGGAGCUUUUCGACUACCUGGUGAAGAAGGGCCGGUUAACACCUAAAGAGGCCCGAAAGUUCUUCAGACAGAUCAUCUCAGCUCUGGACUUCUGCCACAGCCACUCCAUAUGCCACAGAGAUUUGAAGCCUGAGAACUUGUUGUUAGAUGAGAAGAACAACAUCAGGAUAGCAGACUUUGGCAUGGCGUCUCUGCAGGUCGGGGACAGUCUACUGGAGACCAGCUGCGGAUCUCCACACUACGCCUGCCCAGAGGUUAUCAGGGGGGAGAAGUAUGACGGGAGGAAAGCAGAUGCGUGGAGCUGUGGAGUCAUCCUGUUUGCACUUUUAGUGGGUGCUCUGCCUUUUGAUGAUGACAACCUGAGGAACCUUUUGGAGAAGGUGAAGCUGGGAGUUUUCCACAUGCCUCACUUUAUCCCUCCAGACUGUCAGAACCUUCUGCGUGGCAUGAUUGAAGUGGACCCCAGUAAGAGGCUGACGUUAGAGGAGAUCCAGAAGCAUACGUGGUAUCUAGCUGGAAAGAACGAGCCAGAGCCCGAGCAGCCCGUCCCCAGGAAGGUGGCCAUCAGAACACUGGCUUCGGUUGAAGAGAUUGACCCUGACGUCCUGGAGAGCAUGCACUCUCUGGGCUGCUUCAGAGACAAGGACAAACUGACCAAAGAUCUGCUGUCUGAGGAUGACAACCAGGAAAAGAUGAUAUACUUUUUGCUACUGGACCGGAAGGAGAGGUAUCCUAGUCACGAGGACCAGAACCUGCCACCGCGCAAUGAGAUCGACCCUCCCAGGAAGCGCGUGGACUCGCCCAUGCUGAGUCGUCACGGUAAGCGGAGGCCAGAGCGAAAGUCCAUGGAGGUGCUGAGCGUCACAGAGGGAGGUUCUCCCGUACCGGUGCGACGAGCCAUCGACAUGGCCACACACGGACAGAGCAAAUCUGUUUUCAGUAAGAGCUUGGAUAUCACAAACGCUAACUGCAGCAAGGAGGAAAGGUCACGGUCCAUCAGUGGAGCAUCCUCUGGUCUGUCCACCAGUCCUCUCAGCAGUCCCAGGCCCAACCGGCGGUUUUUUAUCCCACCCCAAUCUCCAGACCUAUGCCAGUCCCCCAACUGCAGUCCCACUCAUUCCCCUGAGGUCCGCCUUAAUGGGGUGGGGCCCCGUACACAUAACUCCUACCAGCCAAAGAUGGGGUCCCCCAUCAUGCACCCCCGCACACAGACCCUCCCUGCCAAGCCUAAAGUAUCUGAGAAGCCCUUGCAAACCACCAGGUCCAACCCGCUUCCCAACACUGUCCAGACCUCCACCACCCCUAAAUCUGAGCCCUCCACACCCAGCCAGUCUCUGGCCCCCUGCCUUCCCAACAGUCCUCGUGUAAGGCGCCACCCUCCCCUUACUGUACCCCCCAAGCUUUCUAUCCCCCUCUCCCCAGUACCUCCUAUGUCACCACUCCGCCGCCACCACCUGCUCCCUGACCACAAUGGCAAAUCUGUCCCCAUCACGCAGGUGACUCCCCACCCCUCCCCCAGAGGGAGCCCCCUCCCCACCCCCAAAGGCACCCCAGUGCAUACGCCCAAGGACAGCCCAGCUGGCACACCCAGCCCGACGCCGCCACCCAGCCCUUCUAUCGGUGGCAUGCCCUGGAGGACACGCCUCAACUCCAUCAAGAACAGCUUCCUUGGCUCACCACGCUUCCAUCGCAGGAAAAUGCAAGUUCCUACCCAGGAAGAUAUGUCCAGUCUCACCCCAGACUCCUCUCCAGAACUGGCUAAGAAGUCAUGGUUUGGAAACUUCAUCAACCUGGAGAAGGAAGAGCAGAUCUUCAUAGUCAUAAGAGACAAACCUCUCAGCUCCAUAAAGGCCGAUAUUGUGCACGCUUUCCUCUCGAUUCCCAGUCUGAGCCACAGCGUCAUCUCUCAGACCAGCUUCCGGGCAGAGUACAAGUCCACAGCCGGUCCAACGGUUUUCCAGAAGCCAGUCAAGUUCCAAGUGGACAUCACCUACACUGAGAGCACCAGCGCCACAAAGGAGAAUGGCAUAUACUCUGUCACCUUCACCUUGCUCUCAGGCCCCAGCCGACGUUUCAAGCGUGUGGUGGAGACCAUCCAGGCCCAGCUGCUCAGCAACAAUGACCAACCCGGCAUCCAGCCGCAGAUAUCUGGCAGCCCGUUGAGUAACUUCUUUGACGUAAUUAAACAGCUUUUUUCAGACGAGAAGAACAUCCAAGCGUCCCACUCCCCCGGUGCCCCCGCCACGCCUAGCUCCCCCACCAAGCAUACUCCCAGCAGCAAGCCCAACCAGCCCCCACCCAAUGACUCUAAAUGCCCCCCUGGCAAAGACAAAACAAAGAUGGCCGCCAGCAACAGGACACAGGAACAACCUUAAGGAGCGGUAGCUGUGCAUGACUAGAUGAAGAGCAGUAAUCAGGUCAUUAAACAAGAGAAAUAGGAGAGCUGCUAACUUUGCCCUUUAGUUAGGAGUAAAACAAGAUGAUCUACUUUUUUGCCUAUAAAUUUUGUACUGAAUAAUGGGAAUGGCUAUUUCAGUUUAAAGGUUGAUCCAGUAUUUUACAAUAAGUAGCAGAUGUAGCUUUGUCGUCUCAACCUUGUGUCCCUCUCUAUGUCCUCCUCACAUGUGUGAUGGCUUGACUUGUCUCUGCCACCAGGGAUCAUCCAUAAUAACUAUUAACCUUGGCGAGACUGGCUGACAGCAGCCUGCUUGGCCUGCCAGCACCAAGAAAGUCCGAAACUGAAGACUGAGGACCCCUCACUCUACCCCACCCUUUCUCUUUGAGUCCCUUCCUGCUGCCGCAUCAGUAGAGUACACUUCACCCUUCCAGACCAAACACGGAGACAUCUCAGAAGCGUUGUAAAAA